AUGUCCGGUGAUUUCAGCGAUGUGGGGAGCCUCUUCAAACGAGCUAUCGCAAAAUUUCAAGAAUUUGCUGGGAUAAAGCCGACCGGGGUUCUAGAUCUGGACACCAAGAAGAAGAUGGCUGAACCGAGAUGUGGAGUUGACAGAAGUGUUGGGCAAGUCAGCCGUGGAGGUGCUUGUUUUGCUGCCUUUCUGUUUGAAUAA